GGAGCGGGGGACGUCGUGGGCGCUGCUGUUUUACCGCGCCCCGCAGGGUCCUGCUCGGGAGUCGGAUACGAGGAACCGCCGCCUAGACUGGUUCCAGCGCCCGGAGGCUGGGACCCAGCCUUAGCGGUGAGCGAACUGGAGCCUGAAACGGGCGCCUAAAAGAAGCCCGAGCAUCGCUUGGGCCUGCUCCUCUGCCUCGGAGACGUCGGGUGGAUACCGAGCAUAGUAUUCUUCCCGCGCCGCCGGCGUCCUUAGCUCGCCCGGGCCGCAUCCUAAACGCUCCGUCCUUAUAAUACACCAACAGGUCCUACCAGUUACGAGCUGGUGUUGUUUACAUGCAUUCUCAUAAUUAAACUUCCCAACAGCCCUAUAAGGAUAUUGUGAUUGCUAAAUACCACAAAGGAGCAAGUGAAAAUUGUGAGUUUCUAAAACACAAGAAAGCCUCUUGGGCACAAAAAAUCUGCGACACCUCUGGAAUACUACGUGAGAAUUUUGGGGUGCCAUGUCGAAGAAACGCAAAUGGGACGAUGACUAUGUUCGUUACUGGUUCACCUGUACAACGGAGGUUGAUGGAACUCAGCGCCCACAGUGUGUAUUGUGUAACUCUGUGUUUUCAAACGCUGACCUCCGACCAUCAAAGCUGUCUGACCAUUUUAACAGACAGCAUGGUGGUAUAGGUGGGCACGAUCUCAAUAGCCUGAAACAUGUGCCAACACCAUCUGAUCAGAGUGAAACCCUGAAAGCAUUUGGAGUUGCAUCUCAGGAGGACACCUUACUACAGGCAUCAUAUCAGUUUGCGUAUUUAUGUGCCAAGGAGAAGAAUCCUCAUACAAUAGCUGAAAAAUUAGUGAAACCUUGUGCACUGGAAAUAGCACAAAUAGUUUUGGGACCAGAUGCACAAAAGAAGCUUCAGCAGGUAUCCUUAUCAGAUGAUGUGAUCCAUUCUAGAAUUGAUGAAAUGAGCCAGGAUAUCUUACAGCAAGUUCUAGAAGAUAUCAAAGCCAGUCCUCUUAAAGUGGGUAUUCAGCUUGCUGAGACAACAGAUAUGGAUGACUGCAGUCAGCUAAUGGCAUUUGUGCGAUACAUAAAGGAAAGAGAGAUCGUAGAAGAAUUCCUGUUCUGUGAACCACUGCAGUUAACACUGAAGGGAAAAGAUGUGUUCAAUCUGUUCAGAGACUUCUUUUUGAAGCAUAAGAUAGCACUCGAUGUAUGUGGCUCUGUUUGUACUGACGGUGCCUCUUCUAUCCUAGGAGAAAAUUCAGAAUUUGUUUCCUGUAUGAAAAAAGAGGUACCUCAUAUCGUGAUCACACAUUGUUUGUUGAACCCUCAUGAACUUGUCACAAAGACAUUGCCUAAAAAACUGAGGGAUGCUCUUUUUACUGUGGUGAGGGUAAUAAAUUUUAUCAAAGGGCGAGCUCCAAAUCAUCGCCUGUUUCAGGCUUUUUUUGAAGAAAUUGGAAUAGAGUAUAGUGUUCUCCUUUUCCAUACUGAAAUGAGGUGGCUUUCCCGAGGCCAAAUACUAACUCAUAUUUUUGAAAUGUAUGAAGAAAUAAAUCAGUUUCUUCACCACCAAAGCAGCAAUUUAGUUGAUGGCUUUGAAAACAAAGAGUUUAAAAUUCACCUAGCAUACCUUGCAGAUUUAUUCAAACACCUAAAUGAACUUAGUGCAUCUAUGCAAAGGACUGGAAUGAACACAGUAUCAGCUAGAGAGAAAUUGUCUGCUUUUGUUAGGAAGUUUCCAUUUUGGCUAAAGCGAAUUGAGAAAAGAAAUUUUACCAACUUUCCUUUUCUUGAAGAAAUUGUUGUUUCAGAUAAUGAAGCAUUAUGCAUUGCAGCUGAAAUAACAGUGCACCUGCAACAGUUGAGCAACUUCUUCCACGGAUAUUUCUCUGUUGGAGAUCUUGAUGAGGCAAGUAAAUGGAUACUGGAUCCAUUUCUUUUUAAUUUGGACUUUGUCGAUGAUGGCUAUUUAAUGAAAAAUGAUCUUGCUGAAUUACGAGCUAGUGGCCAAAUCCUAAUGGAAUUUGAGACAAUGAAGCUUGAGGAUUUCUGGUGUGCUCAAUUCACAGCGUUUCCAAGCCUAGCAAAGACAGCUCUAAAAAUCCUUAUACCGUUUGCAACUACAUAUCUUUGUGAGUUGGGAUUUUCAUCACUUUUGCAUUUUAAAACAAAGUCCAGAAGCUACUUGAAUAUGAGUGAUGACAUCCGUGUGGCUAUUUCAAAAAAAGUUCCUCGUUUCUCAGACAUCAUUGAACAAAAACUACAGCUACAAAAGUCACUGUAAGCUGAUAGACUUUUUUAAUGUAUAAUUUUUAAUAUAUUCUUAAUUCCAUUGUAAAAUUAAGUUAUAAUUCUGUCUCUUUUAUAUUUAUGAUAUACCAAAUCCUUUAAAAGUUUAGUAUUUUUAACUUUUAAUUUUCACAUGAGAUGUGAAAAUAUGUUUUGAGAAUAAAAGCACAAGCAGCAGAAAAGAUUAAGUGCUGCUGAUACAUAGGAUUCUUCUAAGUAUCUGUUUAACCUUUUGAUGUGAUACAUAAAAAAAGACACUCGAGCACUAGAAUAUCCAAGCUAAAUGGUACAAUAGGCUACAAAUAGAGCCAAGAGAAAAAGACCUCCCAGAACAUGCAUCUCAUGUUAAAAGUCAAAGGAUGAAAUGACAGACUGAGUCCUCCCAUGUCCUUGAGAGUUGUUUUGGGGAGCUUAACGAAAUCAGAAGAGGAUUAUGAAAUGUUAUAGUGAGAGAAGGGAUGAUCCUAGUUAAUGUAAGAUUUAUUUUUAAAUGUAUUCUUUGGAGUUAGUCUCAUAAUGUCCAUUCCUCUUAGUUCCUAUGCUCUAAAUUCCAUGACAUUAAUAAACAUCCUAAUAUCCUG